CCCCGUUGUUCCGGCGUCGCCGGGUCCUUGUUCACCUUUGGGCACUAUGUCGGGUGGCCUCCUGAAGGCGCUGCGCAGCGACUCCUACGUGGAGCUGAGCCAGUACCGGGACCAGCACUUCCGGGGUGACAAUGAAGAACAAGAAAAAUUACUGAAGAAAAGCUGUACUUUGUAUGUUGGAAAUCUUUCCUUUUACACAACUGAAGAACAAAUCUAUGAGCUUUUCAGCAAAAGUGGUGACAUAAAGAAAAUCAUUAUGGGUUUGGAUAAAAUGAAAAAAACAGCAUGUGGAUUCUGUUUUGUGGAAUACUAUUCAAGAGCAGAUGCAGAAAAUGCUAUGCGAUACAUAAAUGGAACUCGUCUGGAUGACCGGAUCAUUCGCACAGACUGGGAUGCAGGCUUUAAGGAGGGCAGGCAGUAUGGACGUGGGCGAUCUGGGGGCCAGGUACGAGACGAAUAUCGGCAGGACUAUGAUGCUGGGAGAGGCGGCUAUGGAAAACUGGCACAAAACCAGUGAGUGAUGAGAGCUUUGUCAGUGAAAAACUCACUCCUUUGGCCUGUUGAAUUUAUUGAAGAACAUUACCCAAGAUCUACAAACCAACCCAUUUUUACCAAGCUUUGAUCAGUGUCUCUACUGAGCUGGAAACCUCUCUGUGAUAUUCCUCUGGAAAUUAUUAAAUGACAGAAUCCAAAAGAAUGCCUUUAAUUCUAGUCUUAGAGAAUCUAGGCCAUGUGCCAGGUUACCAGAAUGAUUUCCCGUUACCAGGUCAAAAACUGUGUUCCUGAUCUAUAAUGUUGAUUAGUUUGUCAGCCAAAAAUACUAUACUACUUUUAGGGAGACUGGAAAAAUUAAAUUUGUUUUACCACAUUUGAGUUGUAAGUAGGUUCCUGAUCUACACUGGGGCCUGGAGUUAUUCUUUUUUAAAUUUAAGUUUACAUGAGAUAAAGUUUAAUAAAUGGAACUUUGCUAUGUGGUAUAGCUUUGCUCUAAAUUAGAAACAGAUAUUUGACAACUGAAUUUGUUUUCUAUUGACUUCUAAUCUCUAAAUGCAAACUUGGAGGUCAAGGGACCUGCCGAAAUUGUAUGUGUGAAAGUAAGCUUUAGACAGUCCCAGGGAACAACAUCUGCUUCCAUGCUUUACAUAUCAGAAAAUUAGGAAAUUAGAAAAAAUAAGGGUUUGUAAUAGAGAACCUCAAAUACUCUAGGGGAUGGGGGUGACAGUGUCAGUAGGAAAUGGGAUGAAACAGCAAGAGACAUGAAACAGUGCCUCGAUAUGAUGAAGGUUGCUGUCAGGGCCAUUAGAUUUAUUCUUUUAAGUUUUCAGAGUGAUCUUGGGAAUGGAGUGGGUUUAAAAAGGAGCUUGGAAGGGCUGACUGGUUAGCUCAGUUGGUUAGAGUAUGCUGCUAUACCAAGGUCCAGGGUUCUGUAGACCAACCAGCUCCCUCACUCCCUCAAAAAGGAGCUUGAAGAUUGAGAGGAUGCUUAAAAAGAACAGACGUACUUCCUGCAGGAAAUGUCUGUCUCAGCCAAUUCUCACAUUGAAGUCUGUUUUAUUUUUUUGCCCAAACUGUACAUACUGAUGUUCAAGUCUUAAUAGUGAGCUGAUGGUCUCUAUAAUAGAGAGUCUAGAUAGUGUAUUUUGCAUUUAUAAGGCAAGAGGUGAUUUCUAAUAUUAUAUGUGAGCUAUUGCUUGUCUAGUAUAAUUUGCCCCGAUAUGAAAAAAUGUGAAUUUUUUUUCAUCUAGCAACAGAGUUAUCUUCUAACUUCUAGUAGUUCGUGGAAGUUGGGGGCUGAAGUACCUCAAUGUGAUUGUCUUCCAUGUACAGUCAGUGUAGGUUUUCACAAAUUCAAACUGGUUAUCUGAAUUUUUUUAAAAACUAAUUAGUUGUAAGUCCCUAGGAAGAAACCAUUUGCAAACAUUUAAUUUAAAUGAGAAUACACUUCAUUUUUAAAAUUUCUUUUUACACUGUAGUUUGAACUUAUUUUGUAUUCCUUUGUAGUAAAACAUAAUUCAUUUAUA